GAGAGAGGGAGAGCAGGUUGGAGCAGCAGACUGACGCUGUGUCGGGAACACUGAGCACUGGGUCAGAGCCUCUCCUGGAGGCGCAGCAGCUUCAUUUCUUGUGGAUUACAAUCGGAGAAGCCGAGUUUGUCAUUUAAAUCUGUGGACCUUUUCUAAAUGUUGUAUCACCUCGCUGGGUGAGAAGCCGGAAGAAAGCAACUGGGCAAUCAAUUCAGCUGGAAGAAACUGCUUUUACCUUACAAAGGAACGCCAACAAAGAGCAUUCAAGGAAGUAGGCUGCUGCCUGCUGAACGUAAGUUAGUUAAGCAAUAAAUCAAAAGUACGGCAGCAGAUCCAUUCUUCACCAUGGUUUACAACAGACUCCUUCGGGCGGUUUUGACUUUAUUUUUUUUAUUUUUUUUUGUAAAUGUGGGAAUUUUACGAGUGAAUGGGCAAUACGGUGGCGGUGACCGAGGAAUGUCUAUACCGGAGCACGGAUUCUGCCAGCCGAUUUCCAUUCCGCUGUGCACGGACAUCGCGUACAACGAGACUAUCAUGCCAAACCUGCUCGGUCACACCAACCAGGAGGACGCGGGACUGGAAGUGCACCAGUUCUACCCGCUGGUUAAAGUCCAGUGCUCUCCGGAUUUAAAGUUCUUCCUCUGCUCCAUGUAUGCGCCCGUGUGCACGGUGCUCGAGCAGGCGCUGCCUCCGUGCCGCUCUCUGUGCGAGCGCGCGAGGCAGGGCUGCGAGGCGCUCAUGAACAAGUUCGGUUUCCAGUGGCCUGACAGCCUCGCGUGCGAGACCUUCCCGGUCCACGGCGCGGGAGAGCUAUGCGUCGGGCAGAACAUGUCGGAUCGUACCGAGCCAGACAACCCCGGCCCCGGCCCGUACCCCACGGAGCGCCCUAUUCCUGACCCCAUGAACGGUCAGUUCAGGUGCCCGGCCUCGCUCAGGGUGCCCCCCUACCUGAACUACCGCUUCCUCGGGCAGGAGAACUGUGGUGCUCCUUGUGAGCCAAAGAGAUCUCACGGGAUGAUGUACUUCAGUGAGGAGGAGCUCAAAUUCGCGAGAAUAUGGAUCGGCAUAUGGUCGGUGUUGUGUUGUGCUUCUACUUUAUUCACUGUGCUGACCUAUCUGGUGGACAUGAAGCGCUUCAGCUACCCAGAGCGGCCUAUUGUCUUCCUUUCUGGCUGCUACACUAUGGUGUCCAUCGCCUACAUCGCUGGAUUUUUACUGGAGGACAAGGUGGUCUGUAAUGACAGGUUUGACAAUGAUAUAAGGACUGUGGUGCAGGGCACUAAAAAGGAGGGCUGCACCAUCCUAUUCAUGAUGCUGUACUUCUUCAGCAUGGCCAGCUCAAUCUGGUGGGUCAUUCUGGCUCUUACUUGGUUCCUGGCAGCAGGGAUGAAAUGGGGUCACGAGGCCAUUGAGGCUAACUCUCAGUACUUCCACCUGGCAGCCUGGGCCGUGCCCGCCAUCAAGACCAUUACCAUCCUAGCUGUCGGGCAGGUGGAUGGAGACGUGUUGAGCGGAGUUUGCUUUGUGGGUAUCAAUAGUGUGGAUGCCCUUCGGGGCUUCGUCCUGGCUCCACUGUUUGUCUACCUUUUCAUCGGAACCUCCUUCCUCUUGGCGGGCUUUGUGUCACUGUUUCGCAUUCGGACCAUCAUGAAGCAUGAUGGCACCAAGACGGAGAAGCUGGAGAAGCUGAUGGUGCGGAUAGGGAUCUUCAGCGUGCUGUACACUGUGCCGGCCACCAUUGUCAUCGCCUGCUACUUUUAUGAGCAGGCCUUCAGGGAGCAGUGGGAGAGGACUUGGAUCAGUCAGACGUGUAAGACGUACGCCGUGCCGUGUCCCAUCCAGAACCACCCCAACAUGAGUCCCGACUUCACCGUCUUCAUGAUAAAGUACCUCAUGACGCUUAUUGUAGGCAUCACCUCCGGCUUCUGGAUCUGGUCUGGGAAGACCCUCAACUCAUGGAGGAGGUUUUACACGAGACUAGCAAACAGUAAACAGGGUGAGACCACAGUGUAACAUGGUGUCCCCCUGUCCCUCACACAGACUGCUUAGUGACAAACUGAAUGAUAAUCCACUUCCUUAUUUUCUUUUGAUUUUUCUCAGACUUAAAGACAAUUCUUGAUAUGUUUUUUAAAAAUGUACAUAUACAUUUGUGAGAUUUUUGUAAGUAUAUAUUUGUAUUUAAAGAUUUUUAAAAAUUCUGUUUUUAAAAACACCUUUUUUCAUACUUUGGACGUAAUGGAAUUGUACUUAAAUAUCACAAAGAGCCAGCUGACCUUCAAUGAUCCUGAGGUCCCAUGACCUGACUUACUGUGGACACCACUGGGAGUAUUUCACAUCGACUGUUUGUGUCUUUGAUCAGUGAACUGCCUGCGAGCGCUGGGUCUAUUCUCAGCAGAGUCCCGUGAAACCCAAGUGCUUACUCGUGGCUCCCUCUUAUCCUGAUUAACCAGCUGUAGUUUGUUUCUGUUAUACAGUUGAGCAGCAGUUGCCCGGGUCUGAAGGGAAAUGGAGUCUGGGACAAGAAACGGUACACAGGUUGUGAAUGUGUCAUUGUGACAGAUGCUUGAGGUCUGUAGCUUGGGCCCUGACAGUUAAAUCAUUCCUUUCCAAAUAAAUCGCACAUACUUAUGCCAGGUUAAAGGACCAGACCAGUAUUUUUGCAUGUUUUAGUUCUGAAAAUAAUUUUUCACAUUACCUACUCAGGCAAUACUGCAUUGGGUUUUUCUUAACUUCAUGGAAACAGUUUUUAUUUUAUUGAGCUACAAUUUCUAAAUCAUCCUAAAGACACUUAAUAAUAAUAUUUCUGCAGGGUAACCAUCAUGACUACUUAUGUUCAUGAGGUUAUGUUAUUGCUGAAUAAUACAGGUGUUAAUAAAGAUUGAUACUCUGCUAUAUGAUACAACAAUUUUGUUCAAUGAUGUAUUAACUGACAUUUAUGUCUUAAACAUGCACAAAUACUGGUGUGUCCUUUUCUAUUCAUUAAUAUGGGCUGUAUUUGUGUUUAGUGAAUUUAGAAUAAAAAAUCUGACUUCAAUGGAAAUUUGAGUUGUUAAAAUACACAGCUGGAAAACAUAGAAACCAAGUGUGUGUGUGUGUGUGUGUGUGUGUGUGUGUGUGUGUGUGUGUGUGUGUGUUGCUAUGUAAAACCGUUGGACACCCUUUGGACAGUACAGACCAGUACACACCAAAGUGAGAAGAACAUUUGAUUUAUUGUCAUUCAGCUAAAGGAAAGACUGAAAGUGUGCAUCCUCUGCCAUGAGAGUAGAGCAAUAAUCGAUAAGAUUUUUGGAAAAAUUGAUUCAGAAACUAUACUGAUGAUCGAUUUAAUCAUUUCAGUAAUUUUCAAUUUUUCUAUUUUCUGACACAUUUAAAGAAAACAAAUAAUUGGUUAGGUGAGCAAAUAAUCUGCAUAUGAAUUAAUAAUGGAAAUAUUUGUUUGUGUGAGAUUGAUAGUGUGAAAGAGAAAUAUUAGCUCCAACCUUCACAUCUUAUGCUGCUCAGAUCUCAUGACUGGACUGUAAGUGCAGAUGUUGAACAUGAUGCAGCGUAACUUAAUUGUAAUCAUGGUGACAAAGCAAUAAGAAGUAGUUUCAGUAAUAUUUUAAUACAUUUUAGUGUGUAGCAGGGCUUCAGUUUUACCAAGCAUGAGCAUAUUGUAGAAUAUGAGGCUUAUGCACAGUUUAGGGCUCAAGGUAGUUCAGGUUUCAAAAUAAAACUAGUGAUCAUAGCUUUCUUUAUCUGAGAGUACAUAAGAUAUAUUUUGGGUUGAGGUGAAGUUCUCGGAUACUGAACAGUAAAUGCACCCACGUGUGUUUUUGUUUUAAAGCCUGAUGGCGCAAGGGAAAUACAUUUGCAUUCAUAUGUUGGAAAACUAUAUUUUAUAAUUAUUGUAACUUUAUUUGAAUCAACAACACAUUGUUCAAAAGGGUGUCCAAACUUCACCAUGGCGCUGUAAACAUGAUUAUAUCUUCAGUCUAUAGUGGGGGAUGAUUAUUGUCCUGCACAUAUCAGAAAUGUUUGUAACAAAUCAUAAUUUUGAUUCAUUUGUACCAGCACAUUCUUUUUAACCUGGAGGUUGAAUAUGUCACUUAUUGUUGAGAGGAGACUUUGGGUUGAUCUGCAGAGUAAUUUGAUCCCAGUGAACAUAUCUGCGUGUCUACACUGUGGGAUUGAAGAGCAGCCAGCAGCUUGCAUGUCUUCCACUGCAGGAAAAGAGAAGCCUUGUGUUGAAAUGCAGAGCGGCUGCUGUCAGUGCCGCUCGGCUCACACACUUAUCACGACUUGUGUUCUUGUCAAAUGCUCUUCCACAGUUUCUUCCACACUGUGCUUCCGGUUCAUAAUAAUCCUUUUAUUGUGUUGACAGCUCUACAAUAGUCACCGCUUUGAAGUAAUUUCCUUUGCAUUUGCUAUGAAGAGAACCUUUAUAUUUAUAGAAAAAAAUCUUAUAUAUACACUACAUGGAUUGCUUUAUGCGAAUAAACCAUCUCACCAUUGCAACUGUCAA